UGGUUUAUUAUAUAUUCUAGUCUGCUAAGUAGUGGUCGAGUGCUUAUAACAGUAUAAUGUAUUUUUAAUUGACAUUUCUAUCAAUGUGUUACAUAUUUAAUUAAAAAAAUGGUUAACAAUAAGUUGAAAUUGAUAGCCGAAAAUUAUUUUGGCAGUUUAAACCCUAUUGCUGCAAGAAUACAAAACGAUAUAAAAGAAAUACAACUAUCCUAUGACAACCUUUGGGGUAGUUUAAAAAGUUAUGAACAGAAUGAAAUUAUUGAUGAAUCAAUUAUAAAACCAGAGAUCGCUUUACAAUACGCUUUAUUGACACCUACAGAGGAGAAGAAUAUUAGCUUUGAUGAAGGGUUACAUUGUUACAACAGCAAUCUAGUAACUGGUCAAAAAAUUGUGCAGGAUGAAAAUUUUGCUUACCGAGACGAGCAUUCAGCUCCUUUCAAUAUGAAGACUGCCAGUCAAUUAAAUUUGAAUAUUUUUGAAGUAGAAAAAAUAACAAAACCUCAUGUAAAACAUUUGCCUGGUGCAAUAAAUGAACCUAAACAGGAAGUCGAAGAAUUAAAUAACCAUGAAUCUUCUAAACCUGAUGAUUCCACAAUACCUAAAAUAAUUAAACCACCAAAUGAAGCCAAAUUUUUAUCUGAAUUAAAAUCAAGAACACAAAUGAAGGGCGAAGAAUCUAUUGCUUACAACGAAAUGAAUUAUUUAAAAGAUGAAAACAUAAUACCAGAUAUGGGUGAAAUUAAUUUAGAUACAGUAGAUAGUAUUGAUACUAUUAAGACUGGAUAUGAUUUUCUGGAUAACUGGUAAAACUGUUUG